CUAAAUAGUGUGAUUUCAAAGGCAUGGCAACACUAAAAUUCCAUAGACAAAUAAAUCUGUCAUAGACAAGAAAUUUAUGAGCCGUCAAGUCAAGUCAACGAGAGUCGUCAAAUUCUAUAGUGCUUGUACAUAUUUUCAGUUUUCCGCCAAAGUCCAGAGUCAUCUAUCUAUAUUUGCCAAAAUGGCAGAAGGCCAAGAUGAUCCCAAAAAAAUCACAAUUACAGUAAAAACCCCAAAAGAAAAACAACAAGUGGACAUCGAAGAAGAUGCCGACAUUAGAAAAUUGAAGGAAGCGCUCGGACCCCGGUUCGGAGCGGAACCGGAGCAGCUAUGUCUUAUCUUUGCCGGAAAGAUUAUGAACGAUGCCGACACGCUGAAGCAGCACAACAUCAAGGACGGGCUGACAGUCCACCUCGUGAUCAAGACGCCGCCGCGGCCCGAGCCGGAGGGCGGCCCGCGCCGACCCCCAGCUGAUAUUGGAGCCACUCCAUUUGGAUUGAACUCAUUAGGAGGGUUAGCUGGGCUUGAGAGCUUGGGUCUUGGACAGAGCACUUUUAUGGACUUACAGGCCCGCAUGCAACAAGAGCUCCUGUCCAACCCCGACAUGCUGCGCCAGGUGCUGGACAACCCGCUGGUCCAGCAGAUGAUGAAUGACCCCGAGAACAUGCGCACGCUCAUCACCUCCAACCCGCAGAUGCAGGACCUUAUGGCUAGGAACCCAGAGAUCAGCCACAUGCUGAACAACCCCGAGCUGCUGCGGCAGACCAUGGAGCUGGCGCGCAACCCCGCCAUGCUGCAGGAGCUCAUGCGCUCCCACGACCGCGCGCUAUCCAACCUCGAGAGCAUCCCGGGAGGAUACAACGCAUUGCAACGCAUGUACCGCGACAUACAAGAGCCCAUGCUGAACGCGGCCAGCAGUAUGGCCGGAAAUCCCUUCUCGGGGCUAGUGGAUAAUUCGGACGGUACAAACCCGCAACAAGGCGCGGAGAACCGUCAGCCGCUGCCCAACCCUUGGCAGCGCGGCGGCGGCGGCGGCGGGGGGAGUGCCGGUGCCGGCGCCGGCGCGGGCGCCGGGCCCGGCCUCAUCAACACGCCCGGCAUGCAGUCGCUGCUGCAGCAGAUGUCCGAGAACCCGCGCCUGGUGCAGUCCAUGCUGUCCGCGCCCUACACCAACAGCAUGCUGCAGGCGCUCGCCGCCGACCCCGACAUGGCCAGCCGGCUCAUCAACCAGAACCCCAUGUUCGCGAACAACCCCCAACUUCAAGAGCAGAUGCGGACUAUGAUGCCGCAGAUGCUCGCCCAGCUACAGAACCCUGAGAUGCAGCAGAUGAUGUCUAAUCCACAGGCGCUGAACGCGCUGCUGCAGAUCCAGCAGGGCAUGGAGCAGCUGCGCACGGCGGCGCCCAGCCUCGUGUCCAACCUGGGGCUGGGCGUGGGCGCCGCCGCCGCCGCGCCGCCCGCGCCGCCGCCGCCCUCCACGCCCGCCCCGCAGGCGCGCCAGCAGCAGAACGAGGAGCUCUUCUCGCAGUUCAUGCAGCGGAUGGUAGCCGCCAUGGCCAACAACCAGAACAACUCAUCGCAACCGCCCGAGCAGCGGUACUCGCAGCAACUCGAGCAACUAGCGGCCAUGGGCUUCCUCAACAGGGAGGCAAAUCUGCAAGCUCUAAUCGCAACAUUCGGCGACGUGAACGCGGCCGUGGAGAGGCUACUGGCGCUGGGGCAGCUGUCCAUGAGCUAACACCGCGGCGCGCGCACGUACACACACACAUAGGCCGCGCAUACAUACUGCUGCUCUCCUGGUACCAGCGCCACUCGAGACUGACCGUUUGUGAACUCUAUGCCCUUGUAAUAACGUUUACAGUUGUAAAAAACCUCUUGGAUGUCUAAAAUCGUGGCACUAGGCUCCUUCUAUGCUAACCCCCUUAUUCAUAAACACCAAUUAGCUAAUAAUCGUUUGUCCUUAUCUGUCAUUUUGACUUAUGUAUUUGUCAGAAACUAAUAAAACAUAAUUUAACUAAAUCAGGCGCGUAAAGUUUUAUGAAUAAGGAGGUACGUCUGCAUGACAAGUGCUAUCAAGUAUGGCACGGCCACACAUUGUCACUGCAAAGUCAGCGUAGAUGGACUCUGGAGCUCUACCGCUAAUAUCGAAAAACGUUAUCUGCCUCUCUUUUGCUCGAAUAUGCAAGAGCGAUACAGAGACAGGUAACGUAAAAUUUCCAUAUUCGUUUUUCGCGGUAGGGCUCUGGUCCAGUCAACGAAAAUUGAAUCCACUAGAUACUAGCGGCAAUAUUAAUUCGGCUUUUGCAUAGUCUUCGAUCGAUAUAGUGUUGCCAUAUAAUUUAAUGGGUUCAACUUAGGUUGGUAUACCACCGGUCCUAUUUCUUGGUCCAAUGUGUAUUCGCGUCUCACAUUUUUUUUGAUGUAAGAGCGAGACGCAAUGACAUUGGACGAAGAAAUUGGAUAAGGUGGAAUACCAUUCUCAGCCACAUUUUGAAAUCCGAAAUGAAAGUGACUUGAUUAAAUCAUACCUAUUAUUUAUUUUCGAAGGAAUAUGUUCUGGUAAUUUCAGUUUCAAUUUACACACAGAUACGACUUUCUUUGUCCUCUUUCGAGUUUUACCCCCUUAUUCAUAAACGUUUACUAAAGUUAACAAGCCGAUAAUAAUCGUUUGUCCCUUUCCAUCAUACCAAUACGCCGGAAAGGGACAAACGAUUAUUAUCGGCUUGUUAACUUUAGUAAACGUUUGUGAAUAAGGGGGUUAUUUUUUUUAAUGGUAAAUUGCUCUCAACUAACAUGGUUGGUACGGUUUGAGAGCCAGUGUUACUAGGCUUCUGUAUAUUAAAUCUUGUUUCUAAGUUUAUGAAAAUUGUGUCUGCUGGUGUAAGAAUUACACAACACUUUAAAAUAUACAGCAACAAAUAUUUACAUUAGUAGUUGUAUAUUGCUUCCAUAUUUUUACACUCAACCAAACUUAUUAGCCACAUAUUAAAUAUAUUAAGAACGGGUCACUCACGUAUUUUAAGUCGAAAAACGCUCGACAUGUUUCACGUUGUCAUCAGGAGCUUGCGUUUACGGUGACGGACCGGCGCAGACCGCGGGCCGCAGCUCUCCGCGCCCGAUGACUCGGCACGGACGGAACAUACGGUACGGAGUGAAACAUGUCGAGCGUUUUUCGACUUAAAAUACGUGAGUGACCCGUUCUUAAUAUAUUUAAUAUGUCUGUGUCUAACGGAAGUUUUGUUAUUAGCCACAUGUUUAAUUUUUUAAUGAUUAAGUUGCUUACUAAAUAUUCUGCGAACGGUUCCGUGCUAGUUUCAGGAGAGCGGCCAUUGAUAUCUGCACUAUUUUUUAUUUACAUUGUGGUGGGAGUUGUGUGAUUAUAUUUAUCAAUAUGGCUAGAAAUGGCUCUAUCGAAACACUCGAAAAUGUUGAAUUGGAAUAAUUUUAUAAAGACUAAGUCGUUUUGUAUUGAGUUGCGUAUGGGCAUAAGUGAUACGGGGCAUUUAGUAGAGGUAGCGAGUUGUAGACUCUUGAGAACGAGGAUGACUGGUUUUCUAUAGUGCCAUUUCGAAGCCGUGGUUAGACGGGCGUGCCGCAGCGGCGCGGGGCUUGACUGUAGAUACCGUCGAGUACAUGUAAAUGUAUCUAUCCAACUGUAUAGGUGUUUCCUAUAUCGCGACUAAAAUUCAUUCCUUCUUGUUUUUUAGUUUAUAAAGGAAAUUGUUAAAAAAUAGGAAUUUCAUAAAUAUUAUAGAAAAACGUCAGUUGUUUUCUGUGUUCUAUGGUACCCCAAAGAAAUAUAGAAAUAUUUCUGAGGUAUAAUUUAUAUAGUGGUUUAUGUUAUUUUAUUUCUUCAACGAUUAAAUAUAACUUUUCAGUUGCGUUAAGUAAAUCUGUUUAUGUAAAUAUUUUCCUUUGAAAAAGUAAAUAGAUAAGGAAGCGCAAUUCAGCAAUAAUGGAUGUGUCUACAUAUGUGUCUGUUUCUAUCGUAGCAUCUAUUUUAUUAUUCAUGUUUGUAUUGUUUUCGUUUGAUUGUGAAUUACAGUUUGUCACAAAUUUAUAUUGGGGCUAGGUUGGUUUCAAAUAAAUCCGCGGCGCUAUAUUCACU